GUAUUACCAGAUAUCGAAGUUUCAAAAUACAAACUGUGUAUUGUUCAUUAGGUACUUGGUGUCAUUGUUACGCUAUCAAAAUGUUCAAUCAACGUUCUAGCUACAAAAUUCGUGUUCUUUUUGCAAUUUUCCUACUAAGUGUCUUGAAUUUGGCCAGGGCGGAAACUACGACUUCUUCUUCGUCGUCAGCUUCAAGUUCUUCCAACGUGGUGUCAUAUGCGACGCAAAUAAAUGGAGGCGAAUUGAGCAUAAAAAUGAGAUACGAUCCGAUCUACGAUACCAGACUAGCGGUUGUGAUCGGAUACGAUACAGAAGUUACGAGCGCUUCUGAUUUCUUCCAUAAUCAACUGACUGUCGAUCUAUAUAACAAAGUUUCAGCAUGCGGGGUUGUUUACUGGAAUUUUAUGCCUUGUGGAACAUCCAAACUCAACAUGGGAGAACUAACUUGCCCCAAAGGUGCAGAUCAAUGUAGGUAUGAUAAAAUUCACGCCUGCGUCGCCAAGUUGUAUCAGAAAGAUGAGCAAAAAGUUGGCGUAUUUGUCACAUGUUUCUUCGUUAACAAUAAGGAUCUUACCAAGUGUGUGGCCGAUGCUGGCCUGGUUCAUAAUGAUAUAGAUCAAUGUAUGACCAGCAACGGGGCCACCAAUUGCGAUGCAUUUUACCAACUUAUCCAUGCGGGCGAAUCUCAACAAUCAGCGACAGCAACCACACCAAAUAGUGCAACUGGAACCGCGACCUCCGAUGGUACAACAGACUUCAAAAAAGUUCUCUGCGAUAAUCUAACCAAAUCCAAGCUGCAAUGCGACGUUUGUACCACAUAGAUUAUUAUAACUUGUUUCAGCGAGUAAACGGUGGUGCCACGAACCCCCCUCCCCAUUUCGACCGUUAAUAAUUCAACACUGUUUUCAAAUUGAAAUUUCGUUUUCCAAAACUAUAGGUAAUAUUUUCACCGAUGUCUUUAUUUUGUCAUAAAAAUAAAAGCAGUUUUUCCGAAUUUUCUAAUAAUU